CCUGUCGGGCAGCGACCUCCGUGACAGGUAUUUGAAGUUCCUUUUUGCAGUGUGAGCGUGAAGAAUGUUGUAUUUUUUACCCUUUAAUUUGUGACUUUCCACGAAAGUUCGUGUAGCUGUCCUUGCCACAGAAAUCAAAAUCCUGCUUGCUUUUACUGAACCACCUCGAACAUGGAAUACAUACUGCACUAAUCUCGGAUCGCGUUGAUCGACAAGAAAUAAGUGAAACUGAUUUUGCUUUUUUCUACCGAUUUUCAAUCGGAGUAUAUUUUUUUUCAGUUUAUGGUCGAAUGGCCUCAUGUUCCGAUUGAAGAUGUUUUGAUUGACUUUUUACAAGUGUCUUCUAGGAAGCUAACUGACUAAAAAUGGCAGCUGAUGUCCAUAACUCCAAAGUAAAUUGGGACAUCCCAAAUGAAUCCCUUGCACCCAUCGAUAAGCUAAGAACGGAGAGAGCUGACAGUCCCACUCCUGGAAUAGUGGAGGGAACAGAACCAGGAGCUGCACAGGAAAAGGCCAUGUUUGUUCAUACCCAGUCUUUUGAGGACCUUACUGCAGAGACCAGAGAUACUGUGGAUGGCGAUCAAGAGGUGGAAUCAUGCGAUUUGACUAAGUUGAGCAAUGACCUCAGCCAGCUUAGCACUCAUCUGUUGGGUCAGGAGGAAGAACAAAGGGGAGCAGAGGAGAUAGGGGAAGACCUAAAAGUAGAGAUGUUUGAUGAAAGCUUAGCAUCUGUGACAAGCCAGGACAGUAGCCCUUGCGGGAGAGAAGACAUCUGCGAUAUAACAAGUGAUGCCUGGAGGAACCAAAGAAAGCACGUUUUUGUCCUAAGUGAAGCAGGAAAGCCUAUCUAUUCACGAUAUGGUACAGAAGAAGCCCUUUCUAGUACUAUGGGAGUGAUGAUGGCUUUGGUGUCUUUUGUCGAAGCUGAUAAAAAUAUGAUUAAAUCCAUUCUUGGUGAUGGUUAUAAGGUGGUGUUCCUUCGAAAGAGUCCACUGGUUCUAGUAUCAGUUGCCCGGACAAGGCAGUCAGAGCAGGAGCUCUCCCGUGAGCUUUUUUACAUCUACUACCAAAUUGUGAGCCUGCUCACCAUCACUCAACUCAACCAAAUCUUUGAACGCAAACAGAACUAUGACCUGCGCCGGCUUUUGGCAGGGUCUGAGCACCUUAAUGAUAACCUCCUCAAGCAACUUGACCGAGAUCCUGGCUUCCUCUUGUGUGCAGUAACUUGUGUCCCUCUAGCUGUGUCAACAAGAGACAUUAUAAGCUCAAGCCUACAGGCAGCCAAAGCCAAAAACUUGGUUUUCUCUAUCCUACUGGCAGGAAGCCAGCUGAUAUCCCUGGUAAGAAAGAAGGACCAGUAUCUUCACCCAAUGGACCUUCACCUACUUUUUAACCUUGUAGGCUCCUCAAGUUCUUUUCGAGAGGGAGAGGGAUGGACACCCAUCUGCUUACCAAAAUUUAAUCCUUCUGGGUUCUUCCAUGCUCACAUUUCAUAUCUGCAUUCCCCCUCUGAUCUCUGCCUCAUCCUAAUCUCUACAAGCCGUGAGGAUUUCUUUUGCCUGUCUGAUUGUAAACACCGUUUCCUUGAACGCCUACGGCGAAGAAAUGCAUUUCAGAACUUGCUAGAAGCUUUGCAGACACCUACAUAUCCUGUAGAUCUUGUGGGCAUCCCUGAACUCAGACACUUUGUCUACAAAUCAAAGAGUUCAGGUCUAUAUACAAGUCCUGAACUGCCACCACCAUACUUGGUAGAUGAAGAACGGGAGAGACUCAUGGGACUGUAUCAGUACCUCCAUGGACGAAUUCACAAUUCGCUGAAUCCACUACGCCAUAUUUACCACUGUGGACAACGGGAAAAUCUGCUUGCAUGGGUGACCAGUGGCUUUGAGAUGUACCUAUGCUUUAGCCCUCUUGGGACCAAGGUCUUGGCAAUGAAUACUGUCACCAAGCUACUCAAGUGGAUCCGAAAAGAGGAAGACCGACUUUUUAUACUGAGUCCUCAGACCUACUGACCACUGAGGAAACGCCCGUAACUGAUCGUCUUAAAAUAACCUCAGACGUGUACUCAUUUAGUAAACCUUUUAGUGACUGAGCAUUAAGGCAGAAGUACUUUAACAAAGAUAAGGUAAAGGGGAACUUGCUGUACUUCUGCCCUUUAACAGCUGGGCACUGCUUCAGGAUUUGUUGCAGAGGGUUUACAGGUAACCUUCCAUUUUUUUAAGUGUCCUUCAUUUUUAUUCAUAAAUGGCUACAGAUAGUGUUAUUACAAACUGCCAGCAAGCAGCAAUACCACUCCAGAUGUUAAACUACUGUGGGCUUAUUGAUUGCCAGUUGUGACAGUCAGUUGCUUGCAGUAGUUGAACACAUCAGUCUUAUAGUCAUAAAGUAACUGCUUCAUGUGUAUGGAGGUUUCUUUAAAAUUCAGAAUGAACGGAAAUCUGAAUUGAACAGUAAGAGUGGCUACUCAGUUAUUGAGUGGAACCAUAUUAAUAGUCCUGCCAUCAUUUCUGCAAGUACAGUAUUUGAAUGUACAUUUUUUGUUCUUUAUUAUAAGUCAUUGGGUUGAUAAUUUAAGUGGUUUCAAAUACUGAAAGAGAAUACAUACUGUAUGUUACCGGCAAUGUAUGAAAUGCAGGCAUUGUACAGAAUGCCUAGACAAUAUAUAGAAUGCCUGCCUGGUGUGUUUAGGCAAAGUAUCCAUCCAUUUUCUAACCCGCUGAAUCCGAAUACAGGGUCACGGGGGUCUGCUGGAGCCAAUCCCA